GAUGGCUAAGUCCGGCGCUGUUAUCUGGCCCCUUGGAUGAAAUCGCUCGGAGAGCUAGAAAAGGGAUCCCUCGUGUUGUUGCGGAAGCCUUUUAAUUUCUCGAGUGGGAUCGCUUCUUGUUGCGCUAUCGUUUCUCCGACAAGCGACUCGUCGCUGUCUUCCAGCUUUUCCUCUGUCUUUUCCCGUCUUUUUGUGGUUCCUUCGGGGAGGAAUUAUACAAUUUUUGUUGAUAGAACGCGCAUAGUCCGUCGCAUUCAUGUACGGAUGGAUCGGGGAUCUCAAGGUGGCGUUUUGAGAGGGGGGCUUUAGAAUUUGAGGCAAUUGGAGUUAGAUUUUUAUGUUGCUUUGGUCUCUUUCGGGAGUUCUUGCGUUUUGCUUGGAAUUUGGUGCACGUGCUGAGAAGACGAUAGGAACGCCGGGGGAUGUUCUUUUGUGGGGGAUGUGAUAGGCUUGUUGGAUAGGAAUUCGCUCUUCUGGUAAGGAUUAUGGGAACCCGAGGGGUUUCUGUGCUUUUAUUGUGUUAGAGUCGGAAUCAGGACAUGUUGUGGGAAUCCUUUUGAGUCGCUGUGGGAUUAGAGCUAAUAUUUUGACAGAUCUGAAAUUUUUGUAUUUGUUUUUGAUGGGAUUUGAUAGACAACUGAAGAUUUUCCUCGUCGCAUUUGGCUAUCAAGGUUGAGGAUUUUACUUUUGGAGUAGAGGUGCUUACAUUGUCUUCUCCGAGAAGAAUCUCCUAAAGGGGUAGGUUUCAGGGAAGAUAAGAUAGCAUCUUCUUUGGAUUCUGAAUCCUUUUCUAAGGAGUAGGAAAGAAUUCGGUGCUGUUAAGGUUGGUGAUUCGCUAGGAUCAUGACUAUGUCGUCUCCAAAACACUUUUCAGCGCGCUCCAUUUUCAAUAUUACUGCGUCAGUGGGAGGGUUGGCUUUGUUUCUUAUCAUCGCUUCACUGGUGUUGGUUCCAUCUCUCCUCGGUUCGGCCUUCCAUGAUUAUUUGUUAGGUGUGGAUCGAUAUAGAAUGCCCGAUUCUGUAUCUCUUGUAAAUAGUCAGACUGAAGUUCUGUUAUUGCCACCAAAUGCACAAGAUGGCCAUAAUGAUACUGUCACUAGGGAAUCUUCACCUGACCCUGAUGUGCCGAGUAGUCUUGCAGAUGCCACUAAAGGAGUUACUGAUGGGACGAUGGUAACGAAGAGUGAGAGUACCUCCGAGGCUCCUAAUCUAACAAUGGUCAUUCAAUUUGGAGACUUGCCUUCCCCAGCUAUCUCCAAUGGUUCUGGUAAGAGCGAUUUGGGAAACUCUGAUGAUGACUUGGCCUCUUCAAAUGAUAUAUCAGCUGUUGUUCUCCCUUCAUCUCAACCUGCAGACUCUAGGUUGGUUGAUUCUAGGAGUUGUGAUCUUUAUAGUGGCAAGUGGAUCUAUGAUCCUGCUGGGCCAUUGUAUACAAACAACACUUGCCCUAUGAUUACACAGAUGCAGAAUUGUCAGGGAAAUGGGAGACCUGACAAGGACUAUGAGAACUGGAGAUGGAAACCUGAACGCUGCAACCUUCCACGCUUUGAUGCAAGGAAAUUCUUGGAGUUAAUGAGGGGCAAAACACUAGCUUUUGUUGGGGAUUCUGUUGCUAGAAAUCAGAUGGAAUCCAUGCUUUGCAUUCUAUGGCAGGUAGAAGCUCCCAAGAACCGAGGCAACCGAAGGAUGCAGCGAUGGUACUUCAGAUCGACCUCCACUACUAUCAUCAGGAUAUGGUCAUCGUGGCUUGUCCACAAAACCUCUGAGACCUUCCAGUCUGUCCCAGAUAGUGUUGUGAAGGUUCAUCUGGACCUUCCAGAUGAGGAUUUCAUGGAAUAUCUCCCAAAAUUUGAUGUGGUAGUCCUUUCGUCGGGGCACUGGUUUGCGAAGCAAUCUGCCUAUAUCCUCAACGGCACACUUGUUGGGGGACAACUCUGGUGGCCUAAGAAAGCAGGGAAGAUGCAGAUUAACAACAUUGAGGCUUUUGGUGUAUCAGUCGAGAGCUGCCUGACCGCCAUUGCCUCUCAUCCAAACUUCACAGGUCUAGCUAUUGUUCGCUCCUAUUCACCGGAUCAUUAUGAGGGUGGAGCUUGGAAUACUGGAGGUUCAUGCACAGGAAAGGUGAGGCCUGUGAGCACAGUAGUAAGAAAUGGUUUUACUGAUGUGAUGCAUGAGAAGCAGGUUAGUGGCUUCGAGCGGGCAGUGAAAAGGGCCAGAGCUGGUUCAAAGUUGAGAUUGAUGGACAUAACCGAGCCGUUUGGAUACAGGCCUGAUGGGCAUCCAGGUCCAUACAGGAGUCCUGAUCCGAAAAAGAUCACUAAAAGGGGACCCAACGGGGAGCCCCCACCGCAGGAUUGUCUGCAUUGGUGCAUGCCUGGGCCGAUUGAUACCUGGAACGAGAUUCUGCUAGAAGUUAUUCGGAGAGAGUUUGAGGAUAAACAAUGAGUCAAUUGUCUCUCCACAUCCUAUUCAACUAAUGGUCCAUCACUGCACAGAAUAUGCAACCAUAAUAUAUCCUUCAGAGAGUUGUUGGCUGUUGCUAACACAGAGCUACUUUCUGACCGGUAGAAUUCUGUUCUAAAUCUUCAAAGUAGAGUGAUAAAUAUCUAGAUGCUUUUUGUGGGCAUUCUCUAUAAGUUUCUUGGUCUAGAAUUGUUGUUUGAUGUGAAAAAAUAGUCAACAGAAAUUACACUUGCCAAAUUUUCUUGUUGAUUGGAGGCAGUAAGUAUACUAUGUAAUUCCUUGUUAUAGAAUCUCUUCUAGUUUCUUGUCUA